GGACAUCACCAUCUUAUUUUUAACAGUGUGUAUUACUACUCGCUGUUCAUAAGUCUUUCGGGAGUUCGCUUACAUUGUUUGAAAAAAAUAUAGAUUACACCAACACGUAACUACACUUAAACGGAAACGAUGUUUCACAGGAUAGUUUUUUUCACUGUAGGUGUUUUUGCCGUACUGGGUUACUCGUCAUCUGCUGACGAAGAACAAUCCGUCACACAUCAGAAAGAAUUGCUCGUUGAAACCAUGGCAAAACGCUUAGGAAUUCUCGAGGAAAAAUAUGAAUCCAAAUUCCAAACCAUGGAACAGGAGAAUUUGCUAUCAAAAUCUGAACUGGUAUCGUUGAAAUCAGAGGUUGCUUUGCUUAGGUUUCCCAAUGACGGCGGAGCUUCUUCGAAUGGAAAUGAAACCACAGAUAACGUUCAUGGACCAAAGCUUGCUACCAGAGGAAGCCGAAGGGCUUUGCGGGUGUCGACUCAAGAUCUCCAUAAUCAAAUAGCUUUCCAGGCAGUUUUGGAUCAUAAUAUCGGAAAUAUCGGAGCUGAUGAGACAAUUAAAUUCAAUAAACCCCAAAUUAACCUGGGCGGAGGUUACAACCCUAGCACAGGAAUAUUUACAUGUUCUAGGCCUGGUCUGUAUGUUUUUCAUAUAACAAUCGUAUUGCAUAGUGCUAAAUCAGGAGAAUUCCAUCUCUUAAAAAAUGGACACGAAUUUGGACGUGUAUAUUCCGGUGAUGAGGACAGUGGUAGAGCCGAUGGUGCCGCUUCAACAGCUAUCGUACAGCUGGAGGUUUCCGACACUGUGUGGGUAGCAUCCAACACCAACCACGAUUCGGGGGAGGUUCUUCUCCCAUCAUACUGUUUCCUCGCUGGGUACUUACUUUUUCCAAAUACUGUCUGAUGCUUUACUUACAAUUGUAUACUUUUGCCAAUAACAAGGCUUUAGGCUCAGCAGGUAAGCUGCAAUAUUUUACAAAUAAUGCGUGCUACCAUUUUAGCAAUGUGUUUGACAUUGAACACAAAUAAAAGGGAACUAAUCUUUGAAUAAAGGUUGACAAUUGCACAUUCUGUCUAGUUACAUGUUGAGAAUUACAUGUACUCUUUGAAAUCAUCCAUAUUUACAUAGUUAUAAAGGGCCAUUCAUUCUAAAAAUAAUACCUUUUUUCAUAAUGAGUAUUGUCAAUAUCAAUCAAAAUAUUAAAUCAGAAAUGUGGUGAUAACGAUAUGCUCACACUUGAAAAGAAACCAUAUCCCGAAAUACACAAAAAAUACUAUAUCAGACAUUAGUAUUCAUUUCGUGUGAGUUUUUACCAAAGACAAUUGUUUUUAUUUUCUGGAGAUUAAACUCUUUUUGUCUCUG